AUGGAAGGACUUCAACAUGAAAAAAAAACUUCAGGUAAAAUUCUUUCAAUAAGUGUGAUACCUGCACCCGUCAAUCCUGAUCAGAAGGAGAAGAGAGAGAAUAGUUCUUCUUCCCGAUAUCAGAUAAAAGGCCAGUGGAUAGAGGAAGAAAACAGGAGACUAAUUGGCUUAGUAUAUCAAUUUGGAUUGAGGAAAUGGGCUAUAAUAGCUGAAGAAAUGGUUGGUAGAGUGGGAAAACAGUGCCGCGAGCGAUGGAAUAAUCAUCUGCAUCCUCAUAUCAAGAAGGACGUUUGGACUGAAGAUGAAGAGAGACAGUUAAUUCAAGUACAUGAAAGACUUGGAAAUCAAUGGCCAGAGAUAGCUAAGUACAUUCCUGGAAGAACUAAAAAUUCAGUAAAGAAUCAUUGGAAUGCCACAAAAAGGAGGCAGAUUUCAAGGAGAAAUAUAAAAAAAAUAAUGGUUCCACCUCCACUAACUCAAAUUCCGGUACCACUACCACUGCAGCAAAUCCGUCCAACGUCGGCACACCACUCUCUAAUGAUGAAGACUCUACGCCAUUUUUCAAUUUCGAAUCAU